AUGCCAACGCCAUCAUCAAAUCCACCUGUCGAGGCAUCUUCGCCGCGCUCCUAUAGUUUCUCAACAUGCCCUGACGACGUCCAAAGUCAACCACACCCUGCCUGGCAAGCACGCGACGAAGGCCAAGCUCGUGCUGAUGACGUUGGUAUCCAGUCUGGCCCCGGCCUUUCUGUAGAUGGUGCAUCACCGCUCACCAUCGACGCGUCGACUGCACCUGGGUGCCCGAAUGACGAUACCACCAUGUACGACGGACGCCCAUCAAACGACCUGUCUUCAAGAUCCACCACUAUGUCCCCACGCCCUCAAACCGCCACUACUACCGCAACAACUCCUAUGCAUGAAGGGUUUGGGCCCGAAACGAAGGGAAGGGACGCCGAAACCGGCAACCAGUUGAGUCGAGAGCCUCCCAACAGCACACAGCAGGCCAGGGAACCCCAAUCAGCUCCCUGUGAAUCAUCUAGGCGGAGGGGGUCACCGAAUCGGGAGUCGGAGAGUAUUGAUUUUGAUGCGCAAGAAGAUGAGCUCUGGUCCCCAUCCAUGGGCCCUGACUACUCAUGUAUACGGACUAUUCCAUCAGCUCCGUCUUCCUACCUCCGUCCAGGUAGCAAGUUCCACGGUACACAACAAUCGGAACGCCAGGUCUACGACGUGCAAGUUGAAAUCAAACAUGUCGACAUGCGAGAGUCUUUCCUUUGCGGCUAUCUCCGGAUUCAAGGUCUGACCGAGGAUCAUCCCACUCUUACAACAUAUUUUGAGGGAGAAAUCAUCGGAUCUAAAUAUAGCUUCUAUACUCAGCACGAGAACUGGGGCGCAAAUAGCAAGGUUGACUUGAGCCACUGGGCGAAAUUUACAGCCUUUCGUCCAUUUCAGAAGCAAGCCCGUAAGGGACCCGUCAUCAUUCGCGAUGCCGCCCAACGAGAAACUAUCUUCAUGCGAUGGAAAGAGCAUUUUUUGGUGCCAGACCACCGCGUCCGCACAAUAUCUGGCGCCAGUUUUGAGGGUUUCUAUUAUAUUUGCUUCAACCAGGUUAAAGGCGAAGUGAGCGGCAUCUAUUUCCACUCUAAAAGCGAAAAGUUCCAACAACUGGAAUUGAAACAUGUUCCCGAUCGAGGAUGCUUCGCUGCGACCGAGUUCCGCUAA